CACGGGCAACCACCAAGACAUCCUAAGGGCGCGCUGGACAAACCUAAGUGUUGACACAUUCCAGUCUUUCGUGAGAGUGGAAUAAUUUGAGGAAUCCCGGCGUCUUUUUGCUUCUGAUGCAGGGAUGGCAGCUGUUGUCAACGAUUUCAGAGCGAGAACACGAUGCGGACCCCCAACCAGUUUCGACCUGAGGAGCACGGUCGUUAGAACAGGUCCUGCUCGUGUCCCACUUAAUCUUGACUCAACGUGCUCCGCAGCGAGUGCUAGUAAGCGGUUGCCCGAUGUGGGGUCGACAAAGAGGGUGACGCUAGUGCGACACGGGCAGUCCACUUGGAACAAGGAAGGACGGAUACAGGGAAGCUCCGAUUUGUCGGUAUUGACGCAGAAGGGUGAAAGUCAGGCAGAGAUAACGAGGGAAAUGUUGCAGGGAAAGCAUUUCGACAUCGGCUUCCGUAGUCCCCUUGCUCGUGCAAGUCGAACUGCCGAAGUCAUAUGGGAUUCACGGGAUUCAAAGCUCAUCGAUUUGUGGGAGUUACGGGAGAUUGAUCUAUAUUCCUUCCAGGGGCUCCUGAAAGAAGAGGGGAAAGCAAAGUACGGUGACAAGUAUGCGGCAUGGAAGGCAGACCCUGCAAACUUUGAAAUUGAUGGCCAUUUUCCAGUUCGAGAACUUUGGGAGCGGGGUGCUGAAUGCUGGAAAAGUAUACUCGAUGCAGAUGGUCAAGACGUCCUUGUGGUGGCUCAUAACGCUGUGAACCAGUCCAUGGUGGCGAAUGCUCUUGGCCUAGGUUCAGAGUAUUUUCGCCGCCUCUCCCAAAGCAAUUGUGGGUUGACAACGUUUGUGUUUAAUCCUUACCAAGGAGAAGAGGCCCAUUCGGUGAUUCUUGAGCGACUCAAUCAAACACCAGCACUGCCCUUAAAGGGUAACGCAGAUAUGACUUACAAUCGUGCACUUCUCAUUUGCUCAUCUCUUCCGAAGGAUGAAGAUGAAGCGGAAGAAAGGACAAAGGUUGUGGAGAGUCUUGCAAAGGUUCUCAUGGAGGAGGGGAUCAAAUCGAUCUGGCACGACAGUGCAGCGUUCUCCAGUUCUCUAGCGUACGAAAUCGCGAAUCUACUGAAGGUGAAGGACUUUGAUAAUGUGUUUGACUCGACAGAUGCGAACAUGAGAAGCUUGCGAGGCGCUGGAACCACGGUAUUGCUCGCAGAGGAAUCGGUCAUCGCUUCGUGCGUUGCUCACGCGUUGCAAGUUGAUGGAGGGCUCGGGGUGACUCUCACUCUCUCAACUGGGGGGAUGACGCUGAUCGAUUUCAGUGACCAGAAUGUGUCUAUUGCGUGCAUCAAUUACACCGCUCAUCUCUAG